CGGCAACGCAUGUUUGAAAGCGGAGGCUCGCUCCAGACCUCUCCCGGUGCUAGCUAGCGUCUCUCAAGUUGGGCCGUCCUUCAGUAUCCUAUGAUUCAGAUAUACGAUGCCACCCAAAGGCAAAGGCUCAAGUAAAAAGCCCCCAAAGGCAAGAACGCCCACCCUGAUAGAUGGAUUUACCAAGGAGGAGCUGUCCAAGGAGCAGCUGGAAGAGCACAUCAUGCGCCUUCGAGAGCAGCUGGACAGAGAGAGGGAAGAGAGAAACUACUUUCAGCUGGAGAGGGACAAGAUCCACACAUUUUGGGAAAUCACUGACAGUAAACUAGAGGAGGUCAAGGCUGAAAAGAAGAACUUUGAUAAGGACAUGGAGGAGGAUGAGGGGCGCCACCAAGUAGAGAUCAAGGUGUUUAAGCAGAAGAUGAAGCACCUCCUGUGUGAGCACCAGAACGCAGUCUCUGAGUUGAAAGCACAUGGCUUAGUCUCCAAACAGCUAGUGCAGAAAAAACAAGAACAGUUACAGACUGAGCUUCACAAGGAAAUGAGGGACGUCAUCGUCGACAUGCAAGAGCUCAACAAUGAAAACCUUGUCAAGGAGCUUGAAUUGAAACAUGAGGAAGAAAUGACUCUAAUAAUUUCCCGGGGGGAGAAGCAAAAUGCAGAAAUGAAGGCAGAACAUAGUAAAAAGUUGGAGCUGCUACAACAACAGCUGGACAACUUUAGAACAAACUUCACCUGUGAGACAGAAGAUCAGUGGAACAGCUACAUCAGCACUCUAAUGGAAGACCACAACAAAGCGAUCAUUGAAAUUGAGGUCGCUAUUCCUCGCAUAAAACGGGCUGUUGAGGAGAACAGUUUACUCAAGAAAAGCGUUGAUGAAAUGAUGGAAACGCAGGAGGAUGACAGCCACCUGGUCUGUAUAGUGCUUGAGAACCAACAUCUGGUCCAGGUUUGGUCAGAAGUCGAAGAGGAGAACAAGAAAUUAGAGAGACAACUGCGAUUCUCUUCAUUGGAAAAGGUUGACAGUGAAAAGAUUACAAAAAAGAAGCUGGAUGAACUGAAACAGGAUAAUGAGGCACUGGAACAGAAAUUUCGCAAGCUUCAGCUAGAAAUAAAUGAGCUGUACAAGACGUCCACUCAGAAUAUCCAGCAGGCGCAGCAAAAAGCAGAUAGGAAGAGCAUGCAGCUGGAGGGGAAGCUGAAAGACCUGACAGACGGCCUGGAGGAGACGCAGGCUCAGCUCCUCUCUGUGUUUUCUGCCUCUAACAUGGACCAAACUGCUCUCCAUGGGGUCACUAACACAAUUGAGAAAAAUCUGGACUCAACUAAUAAAUCCAUCAGGAACUUGGAGUGUAAAAAAGCUCAGCUCGCUCAGGUCCGUAAGGAUUUGCUGCUGACCUAUAAAGCUUUGUGUGGAGAAGCUCUGUGUAAAACCAUUUGAGAUCUUCCGCUAACAGGGAAAAGUCUGAAAGAGAAUUUGGGUUUGCUCCAAAACGACAUGCAAUGAAUCCACAGACUGAUCCUAUUACAGUCAAUCUCACUUUCAUGGCAUGCAGCUUAUAUUUUCCUUUGAUAUACAGUGAAUGUGUUACCUGUCUUCAUCUUGUUUUUAAGAAUAUACAUUUUGGGGUAAUAAUUAUAAGGGACGAAACAUAUUUUUGAUUUGCUGUGUCUGAAUAUAUAUUAAGGUGUAUAAAUACAAAAAUUAACCUAGUAUUAAACAACUUUGUUUUAAAAGAAGCUUGGCUUGGUACAAUAUUGACUGACAGAGUUUAAAUUAAAUUCUUUAAAUUACUUUUUGUACUCCAUCAUAGCUGUUUUUUA